CAUAAUUCACACAACCACAACACCAUCUCCCACAAUGGCAAAGCAAAUAGUUCUCGCACUCGCUUUCGCCGCCCUUGUAGCCUUUGCUACCGCCCACACAACCAUAAUCACCACCACCAUCGAAGACGAGAACCCGAUCUCCGGACAAAGGCAAUGUAGCCAACGGAUACAGGGACAAAGGCUGAACCAGUGUCGCAUGUUCCUCCAGCAGGGUCAGAACAUUCCUCGCGAAUUCGAUAACCCUCAGAUGGGGCGGCAGCAGCAGGAGCAGCAGCUCCUCCAGCAGUGUUGUCAAGAGCUCCAAAACAUCGAAGGGCAGUGCCAAUGUGAGGCGGUGAAGCAGGUGUUCCGAGAAGCCCAGCAGCAAGUACAACAGCAACAGGGACGGCAGUCUGUACCCUUCCGCGGUUCGCAGCAGACCCAACAGUUGAAGCAGAAGGCUCAGAUUCUCCCUAACGUAUGCAACCUUCAAUCAAGACGAUGUGAAAUCGGAACCAUCACCACCACCGUCACCGAGAGCAAUAUCGAUAUCCCCUUCCGUGACAGGCCCUUUGGCACUGGAUCACAACAGUGCAGAGAAACUGAAAUCCAACGACCCGUUGGUGAAUGCCAAAGGUUCGUGGAGCAGCAAAUGCAGCAGUCUCCGAGGUCCACUAGACCAUACCAACAGCGGCCAGGACAACAGCAGCAGCAGCAGAGAGGGCUCCAACAACAAUGCUGCAACGAGCUACAAAACGUGAAGAGGGAGUGUCAUUGCGAGGCAAUUCAAGAAGUGGCUAGGAGAGUGAUGAGGCAGCCACAGCAGCAGCAGCAGCAACGUCGUGGGCAGUUCGGUGGGCAGGAGAUGGAAACCGCGAGGAGGGUGAUUCAGAAUCUGCCCAACCAGUGCGACUUGGAAGUCCAGCAAUGCAACAUCCCGUACGGGAUGAUGUGAAGUAUGAAGGAGCUAUAAAUAAAGGAGUGGCAUCUCUAGUCGUUGGAGGUCUUUGACUUUGAGAUGCAGGGAGGGUAGUUUCUCCUUUCUAAUAAUAAUAAGAAUAAUAAUGACUUGAUGAGCACAAAUGUGUACUUAUAGCUCAUGUGUAAUCGUUGCUUUCAUGUUAUUUUUGAUAU